CCUCCAUUCUCCAUUUUUUCGUGUUUCUUCUUCAACCCGCUUCUCUUUCUUCUAAGAAAUAAUCGCAACUAUUUUCUUUUUUCUUCUUCUCUCUUUGCCUAUGUGGGUUGGUUUAUCUGAAUCUCACACACAGUGUACUGAUACCAAAUUCUUUGCUUAUCAAGAAAAGUGCGAAUCGUGUGUUCGAGAGGCUUCCCUGAAUGCUUGGAAACUAGGACUGAUUUGGUGGUCAUAUCAUAAUUUUCCUCCUUGGGAUUACUUUGACGGGAUUGGAUCAGGCCUGUUUUCAGUUUGCCUUUUCUGCAUCAGUUUUGGACCGGAUGUGUUGUAUGUGCCGUUAUUGUGGUGCAGGCCUGAUGGACUCAAAAAUUGAUGAUAAGAGUCAAGGCAAUGAGAGCAACUUCAAGUUGGCUAGCAAAGUUCCCAUUGGGACUUGUAAAUUUUGUGGGGAGAAACAAAAGCAAGAAAAUGUGAAAUGGGACAGUGCAAGUCCUUGUAUGACCCCACUGAUUAGUCCCGCUACUUCAUUGUCUAGCACUGAUAGCUGUGCUUCCAUCUGCAGUGAUUUGUCAGUUGAUGUGAAUUCAUCCGACAGGAUAAGUCGAGAAGAAGGCACAGUUGAUGUUAGUAGGGAAGAUCAUGACUAUAAAUUGAAUGACAAAGGGCGAAACUCGAGCUUAAAGUAUUCAGAAGGAUUGAGUGAAAAAUCACUUAAUGUCAUGGAAAACAAUUCCUCAAAAGGCAAUGGUCACCAUGAAGGGGACACUGUGAGAGAUGUGGAGAUUUCUCAAGGAAAUAACUAUCAUGAAGCAAAUGUGGAUAGUUCUGAUAACCCUGCUUCAUCUGUUGAUGAUGAACAUGAAUAUUCUGUUCCUGAAGAUUUCGAUAUCCAAACUUGGGAACCUCCUAAUCCAGAAAACCCGCAAGAUGAUGUAGACCAUAGUGUUGGCUGUAAUGAUGAUGAUGAUGAGUGCACUGAUAGUGUGAACUGGGGUGAGCCAACUUCUUUGAGUUGCUCUAAAGAUGAAUUGAGUGGGUCUUACAAGUUCAAGGAGGAAAAGCUAAGGGCAAUGCAAGAAGUGAUAAAUGGGAGAUUUAAGGCGCUUGUAGGUCAGCUUCUUAAAUCUGUUGGCGUCUCCUCUUCCAAUGAUGGUGGUAAGAAUUGGGUGGAAUUAGUCACUUGUUUAUCUUGGGAAGCUGCUUCGUUUUUGAAGCCUGAUGCUAUUGGAGCUAAAUCAAUGAAUCCUGAUGGGUAUGUUAAAGUAAAAUGUAUUGCAGCUGGUUCUUGCAGCCAAAGUCAAAUUAUCAAAGGUUUGGUCUUCAAAAAGCAUGCUGCACACAAGCACAUGCCAACUAAGUACAAAAAUCCAAGGUUGUUGCUGAUCAGUGGGAUGCUUGGCCAUUCUUGUAGUGGCUUGUCCUCAUUUGACUCUAUGGAACAGGAGAAAGGCUAUCAAAAAUCUAUAGUCGAGCUUAUAGAAAUGUGCCGCCCAAAUGUUAUUUUAGUAGAGAAAACUGUUUCUCGUGAUAUACAAGAAUCAAUUCUGAAGAAAGGAAUGACACUAGUACUUGAUAUGAAGCUUCAUCGCCUUGAAAGAGUUGCACGUUGUACUGGUUCACCAAUUCUAUCAUGUGAGAAUUUGAAUGGUAAAAAGCUGAAGCACUGUGACUCAAUUUAUUUUGAGAAGUUUGUGGAGGAACAUGCUGGUUUUGUUGAAGGUGGAAAGAGGCCUGUCAAGACUUUAAUGUUCAUUGAGGGCUGUCCUACACGUUUGGGUUGUACGAUUUUGCUGAAAGGAGCAAACAGUGAUGAGUUGAAGAGGGUGAAAUGUGUCCUGCGGUGUGCAGUUGUCAUGGCAUAUCACUUAGUCCUUGAGACUUCCUUUCUUGUUGAUCAGAGAGCAAUGUUCUCUACCAUUUCUGUUGCUAAUGUCACAGCAGAUACCCUGCCAACUGAUGAAAAAUCCGAUAAUAUAGAAUCCAUUGAUUCAAGCAUUUCAUCUGUAGAGUGUUCAUCUACUGAAAAUGGACCAGAUAGUAUUGAAAUUCCCAUAUGCAAUGGAUCCCAUGAAGGAAAUACUGACAGUUCCAAUUUAGAAGAGUUUUCCCCUGUUUCCCAUGAACCAUACAAUCCAGUAAUAUUUUCUGGAUUCUUGGCGAUUUCAUCUUCUUUAAAGAAAGUUCUUGGAGGCAGUAUGCGCCCUUCAUCUUCUGCUUCUUAUCAAAGUCUGUCAACAUAUUUUGGUCUGAAUGAAAGGGAACCAGAUGCUCAAGUCAACCAAUCAGUUUCUCUUUUAGAAAAUCAAGAGACAGAUGACAAUAGCAGAAUUGUAGCCAGAAGUUUGUGUGAUGAAGAGAAAGCACCAAAUGGCAGACAAUCCCAGAGUAUUGGCCUGAAUGAAAGGGAACCAGAUGGUCAAGUCAACAAAUCAGUUUCUGUUUUAGAAAAUCAAGAAACAGAUGACAAUCACCAAAUUGAAGCCAGAAAUUUUUCUGAUGAAGAGAAAUCAUUUAAUGGGAGACAAUCACAGAGUUUUCGUGGGUGCUUGGAAUUUAAUGGGGGCAAAAGUAAAGAGGGUGAUGAUAAUGAAAAUCAAUUGCAAAAUAAAGAUGAUAUCAACGCUGUGUUGGAUUCUCAGAGUAUUUUGGUCUUGAUGUCUAGCCGAAAUGCAUUAAGAGGGACUAUAUGCCAACAAAGUCAUUUCUCUCAUAUUAUGUUUUACAAAAAUUUUGAUGUCCCGCUUGGAAAGUUUCUUCAGGAUAAUCUACUCAAUCAGACAAGACUUUGUGACACCUGUCAUGAAUUACCAGAAGCUCACUUCUAUUAUUAUGCUCAUCACAAUAAGCAACUUACUAUGCAAGUUAAACAACUUCCCCUGGAGAAGUGUUUACCUGGAGCAGCAGAAGGGAAGCUUUGGAUGUGGAGCCGUUGUGGAAAAUGCAUGCUUGGGUCAACUAAGAGAGUGUUGAUGUCCACCAGUGCCCGUAGUCUAUCAUUUGGAAAAUUUUUGGAGCUUAGCCUUUCUCACUAUUCUUCAGGUCGAAAAUCAAGCUGUGGCCAUUUUCUUGAUAGGGAUUUUCUGUACUUCUUUGGAUUAGGUCACAUGGUCACUAUGUUCAGAUAUUCUUCCGUCACUACUUAUACUGUGUCCAUGCCCCCUAAAAAGCUGGAGUUCACUGGUGCAUUUCAAAAUGAUCAGCUUCUUAAAGAGGUGUAUAUGAAAGGCAUGUUACUGUUCACAGAAGUUGCAAACUGUUUGAAGACACUAAAAGGUAAAUUUGACGGUUCAACUUUGAAUCUUGGAGGAUCAAUAAGUGAGUUCUCUCAGGUUGAGGAGAUGUUAAAGCAAGAAAGAGAAGAGUUUGAGGCUAACAUCAAGAAUGCGUUUGCUAAGAAUGGUAAUCCUGGCCAGGCUGCCUACAAACUUCUCAGUCUAAAUCGGUUGAUGUGGGAUCUACUGAUUGAAUCUUGUGUGUGGGUUCGACGCAUGCACUCAUUAUUCUCACUAGAUGUAUUAAGAGUUGACGCUGGUGCAGCUGAGAACGUUAAGCAAGAACGUAGUAAUGAUUCAAAGUUGGAGAGCACUGUUAGUGGAGAAAUUGAGUCUAUAAAUGGGAGUGUAGAUGUGGAAGUUAUGUCAGACUCAUCGAUGGAAGUAAAUGGACUCCCAACAAAGGAAAUUCCUGUAAAAGGACCUCUUGCAGAGGGUAGUGAACAGGAUGAUCCUUCUGACACUCCUAAUGAUCCAAGGAAUUUGGAAAAGCCUGUUUUGGGUAAUAUGAGCUUGAAGAGAUCUUCUGACCAACAGUUGAAUUUGAGGUUGGAAGCUUCUACGAAUUAUCCUUCAGCAGAUCGCAAUCUCCCGGCAAAGGAUGUUAUGUCAAAUCCUCAGGCAUAUGAAAACCUUCCAGUCUCUGGAGAUAUUAAUCACCCGGUUUCUGAUUUAAAGGUGUUAAACAAAAGUGCAUCCCUGCAUUCACCAGGUUCCAGCUUGCUGAAUUCAAAUGAAUGGUUCUGGAAGCCUUUUGCUGAUAUCCGACGGGUAAGCAUGAGGGACCUGCAUAAAAAAUGCUUGACUAAAUUUGAAUCUCUCAGCAGCUCUAUUGCAGAACAUCUACCUACAGCUGAUCAGCUGAUUGCUGAGGAAGGUACAAGGUUGCACAUACCUCUGAGGACAGAUGAUCAUGUUGUAUCUGACAAUGAGGGAGAACUCUCUAGCAUAAUUGCUUGUGCACUGGCCUUGAUGAAAGAUUUGUCUGUGGUGACAGGAGUUGACAGUGAGGAUUAUAGGAGAGAGAGUGGAAUAGCCUCAAAAACGAAUGAGAUUUUAGAAGCCCUGACUGAUAUAUCAUCUCCACAUACAAGUACAGGUAGUUCAGCAGAUUCUGAUUCUGUGCAUUCAACAGGAAGCACCUCUUCUGAAGAGUCACGAGCCUCCCGAGCACCAGAAAACAAUGCUAUAGAGAUACAUAUGGGAUAUGUAAAAUCUCUUGGAAGGGAAAAGUAUUCUGUGAUUUGUCAAUAUGUUAAUCAGUUCCGUGAACUUCGAAAUUGGUGUUGCCCAUCUGAGCUUGACUAUAUUGCUUCUUUAAGCCAUUGUCUGAAUUGGGAUGCCAAAGGUGGAAAAAGCAAGUCCUUUUUUGCAAAGACACUUGAUGAUAGGUUCAUCAUAAAGGAAAUCAAGAAGACAGAGCUUGAUUCUUUUCUAGCGUUUGCCCCUUUGUAUUUCAAGUACAUGAAGGAGUCAUUUGAGUCUGGCAGUCAGACAUGUCUUGCAAAAGUUUUGGGGAUAUAUCAGGUAACUAAAAGGCAUGCAAAAAGUGGGAAAGAGUCUAAGCAUGAUCUCAUGGUGAUGGAAAAUCUUACCUACAAUCGCAAUAUUACUCGCCAGUAUGAUCUUAAAGGUGCACUUUACGCUCGGUACAAUUCUGCUGGUGAUAAUGCUGGGGAUGUUCUUCUGGAUCAGAACUUCGUGAAUGACAUGAACUCUUCUCCAUUGUAUGUUACCAAUAAAGAAAGACGUCUUCUUCACCGUGCUGUUUGGAACGACACAACUUUUCUCAAUUCGAUCAAUGUGAUGGAUUACUCCUUACUUGUUGGAGUGGAUUCACAGAGGCGUGAGCUCGUUUGCGGGAUUAUUGAUUAUCUCAGGCAGUAUACCUGGGACAAGCAGUUUGAGACUUGGAUGAAGACUUCACUUGUUGUGCCCAGGAAUGUGUUGCCAACUGUAAUCUCUCCCAAAGAGUACAAGAAGAGAUUCAGAAAGUUCAUGUCUACAUAUUUCUUGAGUGUUCCAGAUCACUGGUGCAAAAAGAAGUUCACUGAUCCUUGCAAACUUUGUGGCUCUGGGGAAGAUGAUUCUAUCCAACAAAACAAAGAGGGGUGACAAGUCAAUGGAUUUUUAGUCAAAGUCAUGAUAUAUCUGGUUUCUCAAUAUUUUUAUCUCUAUUGAGAAUACUGCCUGUUGAAAUUAGGUGUAUUAGUGUACAUAGAAAGAGUAUUUAUUGUUUCCAAUUACAUAUGCCCUAGUCCGGUUCUUCUGCCAUUUUUGGCGAUGGUGUCAUUCUACUGGUUCAUCCUGUCCAGCAUGAGAUGAGUAUGACUUUUGUAUAGCGUUGGAGAAGUGUAAAGAUUUACCCGGAAUCAAUGAAAAGUAAAGUUUCCAGCA